AGUCCGUGAGCUGUGUGCAACUGUGAGCUAUCCUAGCUAAGAGUGUCAAACGAAAUUUUCUGUUAUUUCUGAAUAUUUGAAGUAAUAUUUUUAAAAAUAAAAUCUAUUAAACCACGUACUUAUUUCACAUACAUUUACAUAUAUAAGAUAUUUUUUAAACAACUAAAUAAACGGGAAUGGCCCAUAAUACGGAUAGCACCAAUGACUUGGAUAAAUUCCAAAGGGAGGAUCAUGAUGACCGUUCAGCAAAUGUGCCAACUUCAAAUCCGUCGCUCUACGACAAAUCACAAUCGCUAGUAGAUAUCGCGAAUAAUACGUUUAAAGAACUGUGUCGUACUUUAGAGAACGAGCAGUCCAAAUUAAUGGAAUUAGAAGAGCGGCGCAAAAAACUACAAGAAGAAAUGCAACGUCUCAAACAAGAAAUUGAGGAAGAGAAACAUACAUACCGCCUCAACUUGGUGGAAUCUCUAACGGAGAAUGCGGAGGCAAUGAGCGCGAAGAGUAUGGAAAUGGAUGAAGAUUCAGGCUCUGAAAUACAAAACAAAUUGUAUACGUGUUACGAAGCCGAUGAAAUAGCUAACGCUACAGGAACAUCACCUGCCAGCUACUCGGCGGAUGAGGAUGAUAACAAGCAUCCCAAUGAGAUAGCGCGCAAUAUACAGAAAAAACUUCAGAGCGUAGUUGCAGAGUGCGUUAUUGAACAAUGUGCUUAUGAUGAGCCAGCGCUUGAGACCGAAAUUUUGGACAAACCCUCAACUUGAAGACGGUGCAUUUAUAUGUAUACUUGUAUUUUUAUAAUCCAU